GUCUUGCCUUGGAGAGAGACAACAGAAAAAAACAGAGGGCAUAUGGUCUACGAGUACUUGGAAAACUCAGUAGGUAGUGCGUGACUGAUGCUACCUAGUGUGAGCGAAUAGGCCCAAUUCACGCAACUGCUGAUAGCACGGUGGAUUCUUAAGUGGUCCCUCAGAAUAGGCGGAAUAUAUCAGCGUUGUUACAUUAGAUAUCAUCAGGAGAUUUCAAUAUUCGACUAUGGCCUCUCCAAAUUGAAUCUGACCCAGCAAUUGGUUUAAAAUCAUCGAAAUCAAAACUGGAAAUAGAAGCAAUCAGAACUUUCUUCAUAUCUGGCAUCAUGAGGAUAAAAUGUGAAGCGUUCAUAUUUUCACUAUGGCAGCGACAUGUAGAAGCAAUCAUAAAAGACGACAAUCAGUUACAAUUGGCACCGAUCAUGGGGUCUUCUCAAAGUCACACGGAUCAAGUUAUAGAAAUCAUCAGAAACAAUUCCAGAUUGAAUCGGAUCAUCGCCUACUAUGUAGUGAGCUCCUUGUGUGUGAUAUUAUUUUUAAGCUGACCUUACAACUGCAAAGGAUGAUCACGCCCACGGUAGGGUUUUGGAAAGCAGUCAAAUUUUCUGAAAUUUUGCCGUCUUGUCCAGUCUUUGUCACCUAAC